GUAAAUAUAGCCCUGAGAAAUCUGUCUGUCCUACGAUACAUCUUUAGUUACAAACAAAAUUUUCCAAACAAAAUUUAGAAUUCCCCAAAAAAACGUAUAAUAAUGCAGGUCCUUUCUAUGUAUAUUCUGAUUUUGUUACCAUUUUGUGUAUUGCAGUUUGUCCAGGCUCAUGCUGAUUUUGCUGAGGAUUCACUCAAAAUUCAUAAUGAGUAUAGGGCAAAGCACGGUUGCCCGGCGUUACAAUUGGACCACGAACUAACGACCGGCUGCGAGGACUAUGCCAAGAUAUUGGCCGCAAGGGGUACAUUGGAGCACUCGAAACAAAAAGGGUUUGGUGAGAACUUAUGCUACACCGGGGAUGAGGCGACUUCUUGUGUAAAAAUGUGGUAUGAUGAAAUAUCCCAAUACGAUUUCAAUAUGCCAGGUUUCUCUUUAGAAACCGGUCACUUCACGGCCCUCGUGUGGAAGGCCUCCACCAAAAUGGGGAUAGGUAAGGAAACCAAAUCUGGUGUCAAUUACGUUGUGGCACGCUACCAGCCCUCUCCCAAUAUGCUGGGAGAAUUCGAAAAAAAUGUGCCCAGACCCAACAAUUGUGUUUUCCAUUCAGUGUCAUUUGGCUUUGUGGUUGUUGCUGCAGUUUGGCAUCUCAUUGAAUUGAUUGCUUGAAGCAAAGCUGCGAUUAUGACUUUUAUUUUCCAAAUGCAUGUACAAAAUUCCUGUAGCAUAAACGAUUAAGUCCGACUUUUCAUAGGAAGCAAA